AAAAAUAAAUAAAUAAAAUAAAAUCGUUCUUCUCCUCCGUAUGAAAUCCUUUUUUUCUUCAGAAAAGACUAUGAACGUUCCUUUUUUUUCUUCCCAAUAAAAUUAAUUUUAAAAGAAAAUCUAGAAAAAAAUGCAUUGCAUAGGACAAUGCUUUGUGGCCAGCAAUGGAUUGUAUGCAAUAUUGAUUACCUAUUCUUGUGUUGGAGCAUGUGGGAAGAAAACCACGAAAGAGUCAAAGGAUAAGUAGAUGUGAUAUUAUGUCAUUCUUUCUUGUUAGCGAUGUUAUCUACUAGCUUGGGUCUCUUGCAAUAUAAUUUUCUUCUGUAAACUUUAUGAGUAUGUUAGUUGACCAGAUUAUUUCAUAUUCUUGUAUGUUAUGGCUUCAAUAUUAGUAGGCAUUUUUGUAAAAUAUGAGCAGAAACCAUAAUAGCCAGGACUACUAAGUUUUUAAUUUUGGUAGAUGGUCAGGCCCGUCUCGGAGGCAGGUGCAGAAUGUUCUAUGCAUAGGGCCUCCAAAAUUAGAGGGCCCCCAAUUUUUCAUGUUUAGCUAUUAAUUAGUGUAGGAUUAGAUGGGCCUAGCAUUAACCAUUGUAGUAGUACCGCUUGGGAAGUUGCCACAUAAUUAACUCCACGGGGCCUCCAACCAGGAUCCAACUCACGCACGCCUCCCCUUCUCUAUCUCUUCUUCUCUUUAUUUCUUUGACUCUUCGUCUCUUCCUCAUCUAGCACAGUAGCACGACUGCUGAUCUUCCAAGUUCUUCGGCUCCUACGCUCGAUUUAUUUCCGUCACGAUUUUCACGGAAUAGAUCCGUUGAUGCAAUGAAUAGAUUCAAGCGCUCUACUUCUUCCGAUCCGGCCAGGGCGACCAUCUUGCUGUUUGUUGCCGCACCUGCCAUCUCUGGGUGCAUCAAUUCAAGUUGGAGGCCCUGCUUGGUCGCUGAAUCAUCAAGAGGAGGAGGUGGACUGGAGGAGCAACCGCACAACCAGAGCCACACGCUUCCAAAAUCCAGGCGUGUUCGGUGGCGACAGAACAACGGAUGCACCACUCCACAUAGUGGCGCUGACUUCUUCCUCGAGAUGGAGGUGUCACGCUUUGGCUUUGGAGCUGGCGCGAUGCCUCCACACGCGGCAGUAGUGGGCAGAGGAGCGACAGAGUCACCAGAUGCAGUCUCCCUUCUCGUCCUCUUCCGCACUAGGGAUGACGUGAAGGCCACGACAGCGGUGAGACGGCAUUGUGACGCCAGCAGCUCACCGUGGCUACUUGCCGGUGUAGGGAUUCUAGGGAAUGGGACCCUAGGCCCUCUAGGCUGUUGUAGUCUUGUAGAUGCAAAAUUUGCUCAAUCAAACCUUGUUAACAAAUAAAUUGAUGCAAAACUAUGCUUGCCCGAUGAUGAAAUGUGCAUUACCUGCAUAAUACUACAGACGCGAGGUAGAAAAUUAUCAAACUAUGGAUAUGACAAUAGUGCUAAAUGUUCCCUAUCUUC